GAACCCCGUUUCAUUUUACUUUGCCAAAGGAGGGUGACGUCAUUCAGCCCUUGACCAGCAUAACGCCACCUCUUAUUGGCCAGCUUAAAAUGGGACCCAGAAGACACAGCACACCAAUUGAGCCUACAGCCAGUGACAGGAAAGAUGGAUCCUCUCCUGCUGCCGGGGCUGCUGCCAGCUCCCAGAAAGCAUCAUCUGUGUUUAGUCGUGUCUGUGAAGUUCGUCGAGAGGAUGAGGCCAGAGGUCAUGGUCUUUCCACUUCUCCAUUUAGGGGGAAUCUGUUCAGUUUUCCUGGCACACAAGAAGAUGCUGAAUUACAUAAAGAUCCCAGUGGUGGACAGGUCCUAAUUCCUCAGAGGAUGCAGCAGGACUGCCAUCAACAACCUUCUGGUGCAGAGGAUGAGUCAUCUCUGGAGGCUGGUAUUGUAAGCACUCAGACAGAGGAAGGGAGAAGAACACAGAAGAAACCAAGUAAGGCUGUUAAAAUUGAUGAAAGCCGAGAGAGGUGGGCGAACACCAAGAAUAAAGGCAUUCAAACUACAGCAGACUGUCUUUUUACCCCAACAACCGUUACAACAGCAACACAAACGUCAGAAGAAAUCUAUAGGCAGGUGGAAGUGGGAACCAGUAUGUCUGGGGAAAGACCUGGGCGACAAGAUGCGAAUGUCCAAACUGAGGAGAGUGGGGAAAAGCUUGUGAAUGCCUCUGGAGAGCACGCGGACUCUCUGCACAGUCAGGGAGAGGAAGAGUUUAACCUUCUUCACCCACCCAAAGGCCGAGUUCAGCAUCGCCACGUGCGAACCAUUCGAGAAGUGCGCACUGUUGUUACACGUGUUACAACAGAUGUUUACUAUAUAAAUGGUGCAGAGGUGGAACGAAAGGUAGUUGAGGAAACUGAGGAGCCUGUAGUGGAGUGCCAGGAGUGUGAGACUGACACAUCCUCCUCCAGAACUGCAGUGGGCUCAUCACUGACCUCGGGAGACCUUGGUGAUGUCAGCUCCUUCUCAUCUAAGGCCUCAAGCCUUCACCGUACAUCCAGUGGAGCAAUCAGUGGUCACUCUGCCACACACAGCAGCAGCAGCAGCUCAGGGCAAGGAACUGGAGCUCUCAAAGGGAAAGUAUGUGGGACAGAAACUGGAGACUUUGCUUUACCCAUUGGCAGAAGCGUCUUAGGAAAAUUAAGCCCUAGGAAAGGAGCUGGUCAGCCAGCAUCUCCACUCAGAGUUAGCCAGACAGGAGCACUGCCUUGUGAGGAAGAGGAGGACUCUAUGCCUGGCACACGUCAGGGUGGCAAAGCACCUGUGACACCUCGUGGGCGAGGAAGAAGAGGCCGCCCACCAUCUCGAACAACAGGAACAAGAGAUUUAUCUGGACUGCCAGGUGUGGAGGAUCUCUCAACUACAGCAUCACCUGAGGAGAAAUCAUUUACUCAUUCAGUUCGCCUGCCAGAUGGAGGGGAGAAAUCUGACACUUCUGGCUUCUGUGCCUUACGUCGAAGUGAUUCUCCAGAAAUCCCAUUACAAGUGGUGACUGGUACUUCAGACUGUGCAGACUCAUCCUCUGGGAGCAGCUUUGUGGGCCUCAGAGUUGUAGCAAAGUGGUCCUCAAAUGGAUACUUCUAUUCUGGGAUGAUUACCCAAGAUGUUGGGGCAGGAAAGUACAAACUGCUCUUUGAUGAUGGAUAUGAAUGUGAUGUGCUAGGAAAAGAUAUUUUACUCUGUGAUCCUAUCCCACUGGAGACUGAGGUGACCGCACUCUCAGAGGAUGAGUACUUUAGUGCAGGUGUGGUGAAGGGACACCGGAAGGAGUCUGGAGAGCUAUACUAUUGCAUUGAAAAGGAAGGCCAAAGGAAGUGGUACAAACGAAUGGCUGUUAUCCUGUCUCUGGAACAAGGAAAUAAGCUCCGGGAGCAGUUUGGGCUAGGUCCUUAUGAACCUGUCACCCCCCUGACCAAAGCAGCUGACAUCAGUCUCGAUAAUCUUGUGGAGGGGAAGCGGAAGCGACGUAGUAACCUUGGUUCUCCCAGCACUUCCAGCAGCAGCACAACUCCUACUCGUAAAGGGCAGGAGAGUCCGCGCAUACCACCAGUCACACUGUCUGGGAAAAGAAAACUUGUUGCCUCUGAAGAUGAGAGAUCCCCAGCUAAACGUGGCCGCAAGUCAGCAAUGAUAAAGCCUGGGGCUGUGAGAGCUGGAGAGCUUGUAAGCACCUGUGAAGGUGUAGAUGCUGUAGAUCCCCCAGUACUGGAGGACCAUCAUGGACCCUUGCCCCACAGUAAGACCCUCUUUUUGGGCUAUGCCUUUCUCCUCACUAUGGCGUCACCCAGUGACAAAUUGGUCAAUCACCAGAAGCCAUCGGAUGGUCCCACAGGAAGUAGCGAGGAGGAAGAAGAAUUUUUAGAGAUGACUCCAUACGACAAACAUUACAUAGCACAGCAGCUGCGAGCAGGAGCUGGCUAUAUUCUGGAAGACUUCAAUGAAACCCAGUGUAAUGCAGCAUAUCAGUGUCUUUUAAUUGCGGACCAGCAUUGUCGAACUCGGAAAUACUUGCUGUGCCUUGCCAGAGGGAUCCCUUGUGUGUCUCAUAUCUGGGUUCAUGAUAGCUGUCAUGCUAACCAGCUUCAAAAUUAUCGGAAUUACCUUUUGCCAGCUGGUUAUAGCCUCCAGGAGCAAAAAUUGCUAGAAUGGCACCCACGAGAAAACCCAUUCCAUAACUUGAAGGUUCUCCUGGUGUCAGACCAGCAGCAGAACUUCCUGGAUUUGUGGUCUGAAGUCCUUAUGACUGGGGGAGCAGCAUCUGUUAAACAGCAUUACUCAAAUGCUCACAACAAAGAUAUUGCUUUGGGUGUUUAUGAUGUGGUGGUGACUGAUUUUUCCUGCCCAGCUGGUGUCUUGAAGUGUGCAGAAGCUUUACGGCUGCCUGUUGUCUCGCAAGAGUGGGUGAUCCAGAGCCUUAUUGCUGGGGAGAGAGUAGGCUACAAGCAGCAUCCAAAAUAUAAACAUGACUAUGUCCCCCACUAAACUAAAAUUUUGCCCUGCUGUCCCACUGUUGUGCAGACUGUGUUUUAAUCAGGUUUUAAAUGUUUGUGUAAUUGGACAGUGUGCAUGGAUUACUGUAUAUAGUUUUAUCUGCUGGACUUUUACGAUGAAAUAAAUGUUCAAUCUCUUGUGGUA